GCCCUCAUGGAGUGUAUAUUCUAGUGUUGUAGAUAAAUAAUAAAUAAACUUGAAUUUCCUCUCCCCCUUUCUUGCUUAAUUUUUUUCCCUGUGGCAUGAUAAAUAAACUAAACUAUUACAUAUUUUACUUAUGUGUCUUGUGUGUGGUCUAGCCCCCACCUCUUCCUUGAAUAUAAGCUCCACAGGGCAUGGAAUUUUCUUUGUCCUGUUCAUGACUACAUUUGUUUAUUGUUAAAUGAAGGAGUGAAUAAUUAGACAUAAUACAAGGUAAUAACAACCGUUAUGAAAAACGGAAGUCCAAAAAUGAGUGUGUCUUUUCUGUUUUUGGCAGAAUGAUUGGAAAAAGUCUUUGGAAGGAGUGACAUUUGAAUAAUGGGAUGAAGCAACAGGCAGAGAGCCAGGCAUCCUUAACAGCUGGCGGUCCCAGAUCUAUUCCUUAUCUGUGCCAGGUGCCAUCUUUCCUUCCUCCCACAACUUUGGAAGGAAAAUGGAAUUAGAGAAGAAUGGAUCUGUUCUGGGAAAUUAUCCCAAGCUCCAGAGUUCUCAUUUAGAGAUCUUGCUGCUCUGUAAAAUGGAGAUUUUAAAAUCCAGAACAGCAGAGAUGUUGCUCUUACAUCCUCUGCCUCCUCUCUACUGGCCCCAAAAGUGGGUCUAUGCGUUACCAUUACAGAUGAGAGCUGGGGUUUAAAGCUCUCAUCCUUUGAACAUCAUACAAAAUGCCUUUAUGUCGUCUGGCACAAUUAACCUAAGAGAAAGUAGGACAACUCCAGGACUGGAGGGACCUGAUUGACUCACCUUCAAAACGGGCCUAUUUAAAAGGUUUUAGCCUCUGCCCCCUGAGAGAAGGUACAUCUUUCCAUGGGGAAAAAGGCAAGGAAGGUAUUUCACCACCAGUAGAAAAAGAUGUCUUCCCCCAUUCCAGGGGGCUGGUUAUACAGGGAAAUGAGAGCCUCACUUGUAGACUUGGGUGACAACAUGUACCUCAAGCUACGUAUGUGCCGAACACAGUAGCAGGGACGUGUCACCUGAUUCUCAGGUUGGAAGUAGUUUCUUAUCCUAAUCUGUCUUCCUUCUCUCUUGAGAGCAGGACCAUGUGGAGCAAUGCACCUCUCUUUUAAUCUCUGUGCUUCAAAAGAAGCAGAAUCAAGGACUAAAUGAUGGACAGCCACUCUAGUGCCACCGAAUUCCACCUUCUAGGCUUCCCUGGGUCCCAAGGACUACACCACAUUCUUUUUGCUAUAUUCUUUUUCUUCUAUUUAGUGACAUUAAUGAGAAACAUGGUCAUCAUCGUGAUUAUCUGUGUGGAGAAACGUCUGCAGUCCUCCAUAUAUUUCUUCCUCGACCACCUCUCUGCCCUGGAGAUCCUGGUCACAACCAUAAUUGUCCCCAUGAUGCUUUGGGGAUUGCUGCUCCCUGGGAUGCAGACAGUAUCUUUGUCUGCAUGUAUUGCUCAACUUUUCCUGUACCUUGCUGUAGGAACCACAGAAUUUGCAUUACUUGGAGUGAUGGUUGUGGACCGUUACGUGGCUGUGUGUAAUCUUUUAAGAUACAACAUCAUUAUGAACAGCAGUACCUGUAUUUGGGUGGUAAUAGUGUCAUGGGUAUUUGGAUUUCUUUCUGAAAUCUGGCUGGUCUAUGCCACAUUUCAGUUUACCUUCUGCAAAUCAAAUUCGUUAGACCAUUUUUAGUGUGACCGAGGGCAAUUACUCAAACUGUCCUGUGACAACACUCUUUUCACAGAGUUUAUCCUUUACUUAAUGGCUAUUUUUAUUCUCAUUGGUUCUUUGAUCCCUACAAUUGUCUCCUAUACCUACAUCAUCCCCACCAUCCUCAAGAUCCCGUCAGCCUCUGGCUGGAGGAAAGCCUUCUCCACUUGUGCCUCCCUCUUCACCUGUGUUAUAAUCGGCUACGGCAGCUGCUUGUUUCUCUAUGUGAAACCCAAGCAAACACAGGGAGUCGAGUACAAUAAGAUAUUUCCCCUGUUGGUUUCUGUGUUAACCCCCUUCCUGAACCCUUUCCUCUUUACUCUUUGGAAUGACAAAGUCAAAGAGGCCCUCCGAGAUGGAGUGAAAUGCUGCGGUUAACUCCUCAAAGAUUAGCUGUUCUCUAAGUCAGUUUUAGGUGGUACAAGCCUCACGGUUAAUUAUUAAGUCACCUAGAAAAUUCUAACUCCUCUUUUCUCUUAUCAUCAUUACAAAAGUCAGAGUGUGUACAAUUUGCCAUCACACCAUGGAAGUAGAUUAGGCUGGUAAUAAUGAAAUCCAUUGUCUGCCCGGGAGAAUCUUAGCUUUAGUUCCUACCUGUUUCCGCUGUUGAACAUAUUCUUGUGAUUUGGGAGGGACUAGAGAAAGGAAAUGCAGACAUUUUUGUAAGAGUUCUAUUAGCCCAAUUCAUUUCCUUAUAGUCCAUCUCUGAAAAUGUAUUUUCUGGGGAAGGGAGAAAGUGUGGAGGGAGGUGGACUGAGAGAGGUGUCCUAAUCAGAGUACAAAGGUAUAGAUGCUCACUUUGGUUCUUCAUCAACUGUUGCUGAGUCCUUCCCUAUAUUUUUGUGCAAUUUUUUGACAAAAUGGCUACAUGCAUUUUAGGUAUCCUAAGGCUCUUUCUAUCUGCCCCAUUGAUACUGGAAAGGAAGUGUAAUGCUGUUUAUGUUUUGUCACAGAACCAGUCUAGAGUGGUGAUAUGAAGAUUGGAAUGCUUCUCAUUCAGCAGAUAUUUGUGGUGUAAAGGAGAUAAAAAUAUUUGAGGAUAAAAAUGGGGGAAAAGUUAUUUUUGCUAAGCUUCAGCAUAUUCCUUUCACUGCCCUUCUUUGUGGUGAGUAUAGGGACAGGGGCAAAUAAGAACUAAAUGACUAAUUCUAGAGAGCAUCCUGUAUCUUAUGGCUGUUUAAAACAACUAUGUCUAUUCAGACUGUAUCCAGAUCUAGUCUUCAAACUUUAUAAUGUCUUUUGAUUCUCCAUCUCUCAAAUCCAACCGUCUCAGCACCAUCAUGUAUAUCUUCUCUGUGGGCAGAAUUUUUUAAAAAUGAGAGGCUACUCUUUUGACUCCCAGCUAGCUUUCUAGCAAUUCCAGAGAUUGGCUGUUUGGUAAUAUAACUGUUGGAAUUUCACAUAAUAUUGGAAGAAGUCCUUAAAGGGAAGAAGUUCACCUAAACAACAACAAUCAGCAGAUUCUACCAGCCCUAAAGUAAGUGAGAAAAUUGAGCUGUUCAGCAGUGGGAUGAUGAGGCUACUGAGAAUUUUAGAGAAAUGUGUGAGGAUGCCAUGUUGUCUUGUCCUGUGAGGAGUGAAAACCAUCAUGUAUGUUUGGGUAGUUUGCAUUGCAUUAAAGUACCAGACAAGGUGGGGAAUGAGCUUUAAAUUCAGCCAACCCAUGCUCUGCAAGCCAACCAAUGGGCUCUGGUGGGACGGCAUUGGCUGGAGAAAGGGGAGACUUUUGCUUAAACAAAGGUGCCCAUGGUUUCUAAGCCCAGUAAAUGAGGAUCUGUUCUGGACCAGAAAGAAUACCUUUUUUCUAAUGCAUUAAUCCAGAGAAGUAUCCUUUAAGGGAUGAGACAAUAGGAGCUCAGAGAAUUUAAAUAACUUGCCAAAGUUUACUUAGCCAUCCAUCAGACUGGAAAAACAUAAAACUCUGAGAAUACUAAGUGUUGAUCUGAAUGCUGGCAAAUAGGGUUUUUAAAAAAUCAACUUCUGGUAGAAAUAUAAGCUAUAAGAUCCAAAUAAUUAGAUAGUAGAUGUCUAUAAUUAAGUUAUAGUACAGUCAUAAUUAGAUAGUGGUAGUCCAUUUUGCAUUGCUAUAACAGAAUAUAAAUGAUACCAGCCUGGAUUACUUACAAAGAAAAUAAACGUAUUUGGCUUAUGAUUCUGGACACUGAGAAUUUGUUUGGCUUAUGAUUCAAGAGCAUAACACUGGCAUCUGGCAAGGGCCUUUGUGCUGUGUCAUCCUAUGCCAGAGGUGGAAGGGCAAGAGAGGGCCAGAGUGAGAGAGCAAGAGAGGGCCAAACCCACUUUCAUAACAAAUCCACUCUCAGAAUAACAAACUCACUCCUGUGAAAACAGCACUAAUUCAUUCAUGAGGGGAUAUCUCUCAUGACUUAAUCACCUCUUAAAGGUCUUACCUCUCAACAAUGUCACAAUGGUAAUUAAAUAUCAACAUGAGUUUUGGAGGGGACAUUCAUAUCAUAGCACUUCACCCCUCGUUCCCCAAAAGUAGCAUCCUUCUCACAUACAAAAUACAUUUGUCCCUUCCCCAUAGCUGCUAAAUAUCUUAACUGAUUCCAGCAUCAACUCAAAAGUCCAAAGUCAAGUAUCUCAUCUAAGUCAGAUACGGGCGAGACUCAAGGCACAAUUUAUCCCAAGGAAAAUUUCUCUUCAUCUGUGAGCUUGUGAAUUAAUGUUACGUCUUUCCAAAAUAUGAUGUUAGGCAUAGAAUAGACAUUUCCAUUCCAAAAGAAAGAAAUAGGCAAGAAAAAAGAGAUGACUGGUCCCAAGUAAGUCUAAAACCCAGUAGGAAAAACAACAUUAAGUCUUUAAGCUGGAAAAUAAUCUCCUUUGACUGCAUGUCCCACAUCCUGGGCAUGCUGGGGUUGGGGUUGAGCCCUCAAGCCUUUGCUGUGGUCAGUCUUCUCAGCAGCUCUCACAGGUUAGAGUCUAGGGCCUGCAGUUCUCCCAAGCUGGCACUGCACACUAGUAGCUCUGCAGUUCUUGAGUGUCAGGCAGUUCUGCUUCCACGGCUUCGCUAGGCAUCCCCUGGUGAAGACUUUCUGUGGUGACUUUGCUCCUGCAGCAGGUUUCUGCCUGAGCCCACAGACUUCAUGUAGCAUCCUUUGAAAUCUAGGUGGAGGAAGUCAUGCCUCCAUAGCUCUUGCAUUGUGCAUGCCUGUAGAAAUAACACCAAAUGGAUGCCACCAAAGUCUACCAUUUUUACCUGCCUUCCAGAGUGGUAGGUCAAGCCACACCUGGGGUUACUUGAACCACACCAGGAGCAGCCAAAGGACACUGUCCUGGAAUGCAAGGAGCAGCAACUCCAGGUGGCCUGUGAAGCGUACCCUGUGCCUAUUCCCCAAAGCCAUUCUGCCCUCCUAGAUCUCUAGGCCUGUAAUGGGAUGAACAGCCUCAAAGAUCUCUGAAAUGCCCAUUGUCUUGGUGAGCCCUUUUAUUUAUACUAAUCUCAUUAGCAAAUGGUCAC